AUGAGGGUGUUUCCUGUUCAGACAAAAUGGCGAAGACUUACGACUAUCUUUUCAAACUUUUACUGAUUGGAGACUCCGGUGUAGGAAAAACGUGUUUAUUAUUCAGAUUUUCAGAAGAUGCCUUUAAUUCUACAUUUAUAUCAACGAUAGGAAUCGACUUCAAAAUUCGAACUAUCGAGCUUGAUGGUAAAAAGAUCAAGUUACAGAUAUGGGACACCGCCGGCCAGGAGCGGUUCCGUACCAUCACUACAGCAUACUACAGAGGGGCCAUGGGCAUUAUGCUGGUGUAUGACAUCACAAAUGAAAAGUCAUUUGAAAACAUACGAAAUUGGAUUCGUAACAUAGAAGAGCAUGCGUCGAAGGAUGUUGAGAAGAUGAUCUUGGGCAACAAGUGUGAUAUGAACGACAGACGACAGGUGUCGAAGGAGAAAGGCGAGCAGCUUGCUGUGGAACAUGGGAUCAAGUUCAUGGAGACGAGUGCGAAAGCCAGCAACAAUGUGGAGGAGGCGUUCUUCACACUAGCGCGAGAUAUUAAGCUCAAGAUGGACAGGAAAUCAGAUGCCUCAGGUCAAUCGAGCCGAGGAGGAGGCUACCAGUUAAAGAAGGAAAACACCCCCAAGAAGUCUUUCUGGAGGUGUACUAUUCUCUGAUUGGCAGACACCUGCCAUGUGAUUGAACUAGUUUUGUUACAGACUGAACUGAAGGCUAUCCGUGCAUAUAAUAUUGGCCUUUGUGUACUCAAUCGUAGGGUCAUAUGUCAUUGACACUGUUUGACCCUGGGUGGAAACUUGGUGCGUUUCUGCCACGAUGCAUAAAAUCAUGGACAUUUACGAACAGAGCACAGACCAAGCUGACAGAUCCCGUAGCCAGCGUCUCGUGCCUCGCUGACUCCUCCUGCUAUGUACUUCACUCUACUACUUUAAAUGUUAUGACGGUUGCUAUGGUUACUAUUCAAGAUGGCAGCCUGGACAGUGGUUUUUGACAGCUGCCAUUGUUGUACAAAAGUUGCUAUGAUUUUUUAUCAACAUCCAGGACGUGUCAUGAGUGUGUAUAUUUCUGCUUUUGAUAGUUCUGAAGCAUAUCUGACCCUGAUUGUUGAUCUCUGAGAAUAUUUUAAUCAUCCAUGCUUGAAACUGAAUGAGAACUGAAGAGGUCCUUGCCACCACUUUAUGUUAAGAGUGUAAAUUUAGACCAGAAUGAUAUACUAUAGAAAGAAGCAUCAGAGACUCCUGGAUUGGCUCUUUAUUGCAGAGUGGAAGGGUCAGAGGUUUUGAUAAAAAUAAAAAAUUAAAAAAGGCCCAACUCUGAUGUCUUUAGUGUUCGGUUUGAGCUCCCAAACAUAGUAAAAUUCUUUUCUGGACUUUCUCUGAACAGACAUUAUCCGAACUCUCUUUUAUUUGAUGAUAAAAUGUCAAAAAAAAUUCCAAGAGUAUCAUUUUUUUUAUCACCUUCCCCCUCAAAAAGACUAACCCUUCCUUGAUGACCUUAUGACCCACCCACCCUAUGACAAUGACUGUCGCCUCGAGGGAGGUCUGCGUAUUCCUUAUGUUAAUAUUCGUUUCCUGAUUUGCAGAGAAUUGUUCAGGGACCUGUCUGAUGUAUGCAAUACACCAUCUUUAAGUGAGUGUUGGUGGGGGCUAAAUAAAUUAUUGCAAUCUUUGUACAGAGUGUUCUAGAUUUCAUACUUCGCUACACAAUGAAUGUGAAACGAUCGUGCAAAAACAGUCAGUGGUAUUGUUGGGCUUAUGACCACAUAUACAAUGCAGUCAAGCUUAUUAAUCACCAGAAGCAAGUUUAUGGAAAACAGCCAUGCUCCAGCCUUUCUGAUUUCAGUGAGUGAGUUCAUGGUAACGUAGUUGACUUGUUUUAUUACCUUACUUGCCAAUCAAGCUUUGUAUCUGUGCAGAGUUAUGUCUCUUGUCAGUGCCAGGAUUCAGGUCUUUGAUUUCCCUCCCUAUAGCUUGCUCCUCGGUUGCUACGUAGUUGUAAGGGCCUUCAACCUUCUUUUUCUUGUCAUACAGCCAAAGUCUAUGGCCUCAGACCCCAUGUGAGCAGAUCUUGCUACAGAUUGUGUUGUUAGGUAACCUACCGCAGCCUAUUGGGCUAGCAAUCAUAAUGUUUCAGUUUUGUUUGCAUCAGAAACACCUCCAACAUGACAGCCAUGUGUGAAUGCAUCAUAUCCGAAUUGCAUAGAUCAAUGCUCAUGAUGUUGAUCACUGGAUUGUCUGGUCCAGACUUGAUUAUUUACAGACCGCCGGAGUAUAACUGGAAUAUUGCUGAGUGCGGCGUUAAACAAGCUAAACCAACCAACCAACCAACCAUAUGUGUAUGAUUAAAGCUGAAAUUUCCCUCAUAAUGCUUGCCCACUUUCUGACGCUACAUUUGUCGCAAUCAUUGUCAGGUUUUCAACAAUUAUUAGGUACAAGAUUAAUCUAGCUUCCCUGAUUAUGUUUGUUGCUUUUAGUUUUGAGGAUUACCACUGUAAGGUUUGUGUAUUCUACACCUCUACCAUGCAGAGUUACUUCCCUUGGUCAAACCAAGGCUACAGGCAUGUCGGUAUCCUACCCUUUCUGGUGUGUCUACCCAAGUGGAAAGCAUCUGAGACUUGCAUCAGUUUGGCCUUUCAUUAAGCUGACAGACAAUAUAACUGGCAUACUGUUAAAAGUGGCGUUAAACCCAACUCACUCACUCACUCACUAAUCUCCAUACUUGCAUACUGGUAGCUACAGAGAUGGCAGGCUGAAAAUAUGUUGAAAGUUAAAUCUAAAGUGUAUUUUUGGUUGAGCGCACUGAUAGGUUAUGUGUUUCUUAAUGCAAACCAUGUUUUGCUGCUUGAUUGCUAUUUUACUGUAUUUGGGCAGUUGCUGUAUAUAUAUAGAACGUUUAUAAUGUUAGAGAAAGAACAGAGAUUUGGGUCCUGGACAGAGUUACUUCCCUUCUUUGAAUAAGGUUGAGAUGAAUUAUAGCACAGAUAGCAUAGUAAAAUGAGAUGUUUGUUAAUAUUGUUUCGAGAACAGGAAAACAGAUAUCUAUGACAGCUUGUGGGUAGCAGGAGAUGACAUAUUAGAUGGCCUUGUGGUACCCUGUACUGGAUGGCCUUGUGGUACCCUGUACUGGAUGGCCUUGUGGUACCCUGUACUGGAUGACCUUGUGGUACCCUGUAUUGGAUGGCCUUGAGGUACCCUGUAUUGGAUGGUCUUGUGGUACCCUGUACUGGAUGGCCUUGUACCCUGUACUGGAUGGCCUUGUGGUACCCUCUACUUUAUGGCCCAGUGGGACCCUGUACUGUAUGGCAUUGGGGUACCUGGUACUGUAUGGCCUUGGGGUAUACUGUACUAUAUGGCCUUCUGCCCUGUACUGGAUGGCCUUAUACCCUGUACUGGAUGGCCUUGUGGUACCCGGUACUAUAUGGCCUUGUACCCUGUACUGGAUGGCCUUGUACCCUGUACAGGAUGGUCUUGUAUCCUUUACUGGAUGGCCUUGUACCCUUUACUGGAUGGACUUUUGGUACCCUGUACUGUAUGGCCUUAUACCCUGUACAGGAUGGCCUUGUACCCUGUACUGGAUAGCCUUGUGGUACCCUGUACUUGAUGGCCAUUAGGUACUCUAUACUAGUUGGCCUUGUGGUAUCCUGUACUUGAUGGCCUUGUGGUACCCUGUACUUGAUGGCCUUUAGGAACUCUCUACUAGAUCGCUUUGUGGUACCCUGUACUGGAUGGCCUUGUGGUACCCGCCACUUGAUGGCCUUAGGUACCCUGUACUUGAUGGCCUUGAGGUACUCUCUACUAGGUCGCCUUGUGUUAUCCUUUAAUGGAUGGCCUUGUGGUACCCUGUACUUGAUGGCCUUAGGUACCCUGUACUUGAUGGCCUUUUGGUACUCUCUACGAGAUCGCCUUUUGGUAUCCUGUACUGGAUGGCCUUUUGGUACUCUCUACGAGAUCGCCUUGUGGUACCCUGUACUGGAUGGCCUUAUACUUUUCAGUACUGUUCAGCAGUGUUUUCUCAGCUUGGUGGGUGCUCCACCAGGCUAAGUUAUUGUAAGGAACAAAAGCAUCAUUCUGUACAUAUAUGAGUUUUGCAAUAAGAUACUAUUGACUUGACAUUUUGUACAUAUUUUUUGACAUACUGAGAUGUAGCUAGAAUUAUAGGCUGGGCUUUGUUAUGUCUUUCAUCUUGACUGUUACACAACACGACAAUUCAGCCAGCUUGUCUCCCAGGGUGGGUGUAGGCAAUUCCACCUUAUUGCACAGUGGUUCAUUUUAGAGACAUGUUCGCAGAGAAAACUAGGCUGUUUUGCUGGGGUAUAUUUGAAAACUGUUUGAAUAUGAUAUUAAAAGACUUUAUCUCUGAAA